AUGGUAGAAAAUAGUGUCCCUAAAUCCUUUACCCAGGUGACUGCAGAAGCAGCAGGAACUCUAUACAACAAAAAUGGGCACAAAUUGGACGGGAAUGCCAACUGGGCUCGUACUUACAAACAACCAGGAGUCGGAACUGGACCAGUAACUGUCGGAGGAGGACUUCAAUAUUCUCGUGAGGGCAAAGGACAUGUUGGCGUCAAUGCUCAACAUACCCGAGGAUUUGGCACUGAUGUUGGUGCAAAUGCUGGUGUCAAUUUAUUUAGAGCCAACAAUGGUCGUACAAGUUUGGACGCUGACGCCUUCGCCAGUAAACACUUUGGAGGCGCUUUUGGAACUGGAAGAACUAAUUAUGGAGGAGCAGUGAAUUUUAGACACAGAUUUUAG